CUGCAGCGGGAUCCCGAGUCGCGGGGCUCCGGGCCGGUCAGGGCAGCUCCCGCGGGCGCCAUGUCCCAGAACCUGCGCACCGCGCUCAUUUUCGGCGGCUUCAUCUCCCUGGUCGGCGCCGCCUUCUACCCCAUCUACUUCCGGCCCCUGAUGCGGCUGGAGGAAUACAAGAAGGAACAAGCUGUAAACCGGGCAGGUAUUGUUCAAGAAGACGUGCAGCCACCAGGGUUAAAAGUGUGGUCUGAUCCAUUUGGCAGGAAAUGAGAAGGCUGUCACCAGCUCUGAUUAUGAAAUUAGACAUCUUCAUGCUCUAUUCUGCAGCAAGUAUAAUAAAUCACCUCGCUAUAGGACGGCGGCUGGAGAAGAAAACUCUAUAAUGCCAUCAAUGAGAGUACUGUGCACAAGGAUUAAUAUUUCCCUUCUUAAGUAUCAAAAGAACCCUGGAACAAAUCACACCAUUAGGAAGGUUUUCGUGAUUUGGUUUACUUUCUAAAAAUGAAGCCGUCUCACCCAGCUGUGUUGGAGAGCUACUUAUUGUUCAGUCUCCACUAACCCAGCCAUGCUGUGAUAUGAAUACAAGCAGCCAGGGUGCGGGAGGAUCCCAUCUGUUUCCCCACCUUCCAAAUAGAAAAUUCCUGUGAAAAUCCACCAUGCCGAGCAGCCUCAUAGGCCUCUUUGAAAAUGUUAAAGUUGAUAAAACUCUUUGAGGACAAGGUUCAUUGUACCCUUUAAGAAUAAACAGUUCCGCUGAACUAACUCGUCGAAGGUUGCUGCAUGUUGGAAAAUAAUAAAUAGGAAGCAAGUCAAACGACAUGGGAAUGUAUGCAUAGUAGGAAUCAGUGUUGACUUAACAGAAGUGGAAAUGGGUAUAUUAAAAUGAUUUCUUCUUACUCCACAACGGUCUAAGUUUUUCUGUAAAUUCUUUCUUAUAAAUUCAUUAAAUUAUACCGAGAAGGACUAUUUGACUAGAUUAUAUUUGACUGGAUACUUGGCUCUGUGGUGUUUGUCAGUUUGUUUACAAGUAAAAAUUUUAAAGGCAAAUAGCAAA